CUUACCAUGGCAACACAUCCCGAAGCGUUCGUGCUCCUGCAUAUCCCAGAGGUAACUCUCUCGACCUCAAACACAAGCGAGCACGGCACCCUCGCGCUCGAGUGCGUCACUCUUGCAACAGACAGCGCAGACAAGGAUGCCCCGCUCGCUGCCUCGCUCUCCGCGUCCGACCGCUCGCUCAUCCUCGUCCUGCGCCUGGGGACGCUCGAGCUUCCCCUCGAUCCCGCGCGCGCGAUAUCGCUGCACAUCGCGGCGGAUGGCACAAGGACUUACACGUUCCACUCCGACGUUGGGCAGCCUGGACUCCCACCCGCGGACAAGGAGUCGUCGUUCAUUAGGCUGACGAUUCCCAUCCCUUCGAGGCCGGACACGCACCGCGCGGAGUCGGUGGAGGCAUUGGACCACAUACUUGCGCAGUAUGCCGACUUCGAUUGGGAGACGGAGGGCGGGCCGCACCACGACGCGCCCCCUCAUGAGGACAGGACUGAGGCUCCCAACCCGACUAAGGAAGACCUGCGCGGGAAGCUCGUGCUCAUGGACGAAGAGUCGGGAGAGAUCGUCGGAGAGCUGCCGAAUCGGGUGAACAUCAAGGAGGAUCCUGCGCUCGCGGACAAGGAGAAGACCACUGGUAAGGAUGGGGAGCCUGCCCCGGUCAUGGUGGAGCUCCCGGAGGAAAUGUACGAUGCGUAUACUGGACAUGGGGCGAGCGUCGUCCCGUACGUGGAACCGAGUUCGGAGCUGGAAGAGGCCAGAGAGAUAUUCGUGAGGGCGAUCCCGCCUGAGGAUCAGGAUUGGAUGACGAAGUCGGCGACAUUGAUCAGUCAAGCGAUCUCUUCGUCGACUUCGCUCCUACUGCACGGGCUCACUUGCGCUACGAACUACUACAUCGGCCACUCGACUCCCUCCCCAACACCGAGGGCGGGCGUACCUCCCCCGCCGCAGCCCCGCGCGCUGCUGCUGCUCUCGCACCCACGCACGCAGUCGACGCUCUCGAGCGCGUACGCGAUCAGCGGGCAGGCCGUCAAGGUCAGCUCCAAGACCGCUGCGAUCGUCGAGGACCUCAUCAAGCGCGCCGUGGGUGCCACGAUAGACAAAGGCAAGUCGACCGCGGGGCCGCCGGUACCACCUCGUCCACAGGCUUCCAUAGCGACCUCUGCUGCCUCCGUGCCAUCCGUUGCCUCGACUGCGCCGCCGCCGCCACACCCAGGUGCUCCGGACCUCAGGCCCCCGCUGCCCCCACGACACAGUGCAGCUCCCAGCGCUGCGCCUUCUGCUCCGGGACCUGCUCCUCCGCUGCCGCCUCGCAGCAAGUCACCGCUCCCUGGCAACGUCCCUGGGACCCCCGCCAAGGAAUCCCUCCCCGCAUCCGGCACGUCCACACCCGCAAGCACCAGCAGCGGCAAGCCCAUCGGGCGAGGUGGCAAGCUCGCGCUCAGCGCGAAUCUGAUCCUCGCGACGGUCGAUGACUCCCUGCGGCGGACGUUCGACGUGGGGAGCGAGCGGGCGACGGCGGUCGUCGCGCACAAGUACGGGCCGGAGGCGGCAAAAUCGACGCACCUUGCGACGCAUACGGCGCGGAACGUGACGCUGGUGUAUAUUGAUAUGAGAGGAUUUGCGAGGAAGGCGUUGAUUAAGAAGGCGGGGAAGACAUGGAUUCAGGCAAAGUUGGGCGGGGGGAGGGAGAUGAGUGGGGUCGUGGUUGAUCGGGAGGCGCAGAGCAAGAAGUAUGAUUGAAGGAGACAAGGAUGCUGUAACAUACUUGUAUGACUGCACACACCUGUGUACUAGGAAAGAACAAUUGCU